AAAGCUUCCUGAGAGCCAUGGUUGGUCCAGGCAGGCAAUCGGAGCACCGCAUGGAGCGGCUGCUUACCAGGGCUGGGGUGGGGUGGGGUGGAGGGGUCUGUUUGUAGUACUCUCAGCCCUGAUGUCACAGGAGCGGCAAGGACAUCGCAAGGAGGAGUCGGAUUACAGUAAGGAUGGGCAGUGCAGCAGGCAGCCCCAGCGCACGCUCCAGCCGCCGGGGAUCUUAGCCUCGGAAAGGCAGCCUGCAAGGCGCUCAUCCCGCGGAGGAGGCAAGCUUGGCGCUCCCUGCUCUCCACGCCGGGGACGUUUCCACCGAAUGUAGCAUGAAACGGCUCUGCUCGGCGUGUCAGCCUUGGGUGCGAGCUAAUGCAGAAGACGCCGCGGUGGGGUUUCAGCUGUCUGAUUAAUGAGAAACAUAAUGUAUUUUGGUGGUACAUGCCAGAGUCCUGCUCUCCCAGCCCUGGUCCGUCCACCAGCCCCUCCUUUGCAGCCAUCGCUGGAUAUUAAACCAUUUCUUCCCUUUCCUCUUGACACUGCGGCCGCGGUCAACCUCUUCCCCAAUUUCAAUGCGAUGGACCCAAUUCAGAAAGCUGUAAUAAAUCAUACAUUCGGGGUUCCUCUUCCCCAUCGAAGAAAGCAAAUCAUAUCAUGCAACAUUUGCCAGUUGAGAUUUAAUUCUGAUAGCCAGGCUGCGGCCCACUACAAAGGCACGAAACAUGCCAAGAAGCUCAAAGCACUGGAAGCCAUGAAAAAUAAGCAGAAAUCUGUAACUUCCAAGGACAGCGCAAAGACUACCUUCACCUCCAUCACUACCAAUACCAUCAAUACCAGCUCUGACAAAACAGACGGUACUGCAGGGACACCAGCAAUAUCAACGACAACAACUGUGGAAAUCCGCAAAAGCAGUGUUAUGACAACUGAGAUCACCUCUAAAGUAGAAAAAAGCCCCACAACAGCCACUGGCAAUAGCUCCUGUCCUUCCACGGAGACUGAGGAAGAAAAGGCAAAACGGCUUCUUUACUGUUCGCUAUGCAAGGUUGCUGUCAACUCUGCCUCACAGCUGGAGGCGCACAACAGUGGUACUAAGCACAAAACCAUGCUAGAAGCCCGGAAUGGAAGCGGCACUAUCAAAGCCUUUCCUAGGGCAGGAGUGAAAGGCAAAGGACCUGUUAAUAAAGGAAACACAGGCCUCCAAAACAAAACAUUUCACUGUGAAAUCUGUGAUGUGCACGUCAACUCGGAAACACAACUUAAACAGCACAUUAGCAGUAGAAGGCACAAAGACAGAGCUGCUGGGAAGCCCCCGAAACCUAAAUACAGCCCUUACAACAAACUACAGAAGGCAGCACAUCCACUGGGGGUAAAAUUAGUAUUUUCAAAAGAACCUUCAAAGCCAUUGGCUCCACGAAUUCUACCCAACCCGCUGGCAGCUGCGGCAGCUGCUGCUGCUGUGGCAGUCAGUUCCCCCUUCAGUCUUCGAACUGCUCCAGCAGCAACACUGUUCCAGACUUCUGCACUCCCGCCAGCACUCCUGCGGCCAGCUCCAGGACCCAUUCGGACCGCCCACACUCCUGUGCUGUUUGCUCCUUACUGAAUUCCAAAUAGGAGUCAUUGUACUGCAAUAAUUUUUCAAAAAACAAAA